CCCUCCGCCCGCCCGGCCCAGCCCGAGCAUGUCCGCGUCGGCCUCGGGCGGCGGCCCCGGGCCCGGCCCCCAGCACAGCCAGAGCCGGGCCAUCCCCACUCGCACCGUGUCCAUCAGCGACGCCGCGCAGCUACCUCACGACUACUGCACCACGCCCGGGGGGACGCUCUUCUCCACCACGCCGGGGGGAACCCGAAUCAUCUAUGACCGAAAAUUCCUGUUGGAUCGUCGAAAUUCUCCCAUGGCUCAAACUCCGCCUUGCCACCUCCCCAAUAUUCCAGGAGUCACCAGUCCUGGCACCUUGAUUGAAGACUCCAAAGUGGAAGUGAACAAUUUGAACAAUCAUGACAGGAAGCCUACUGUGGGGGAUGAUGCUCAGUUUGAGAUGGACAUCUGAUCAGUCUCCAGAUGACAGGAGAAGCACCAGCUCCGAUACCUGCGUGUACCUGACUUGGCCAAUAGGAUUGAGAACUGAAAAGACAGAAGAGGCAGUAGCAGCAUCUUCCAUUACAGUCUCCACCUCAUCCUCCAGGUGCCAAAGGAUCAGAAGACUAGCUCCCCUUCAUUGACUUCUCUCCUUUGCCCCAGUGCGGCUGAAUCAAAGCCCAUCGAAUAUUCCUGCAGAGACAGAAGCCUCCAUAGGAAGGGAGCUGAACCUUUGCCCUCCUGGUCAUCUUUCUGUCGAGGUGGAAAGCUCACUCACGUCCCAAGCUAGAUGUCAGUUAUCAGCUAUUGCAGAGCUGGGGAGGGAGUUAGAUGUAGGCUUGUUGGAUUCAAUUCUCCAUUUUCCUUCUCCUUUGGCUUCUGUCCCUCGUGGGUUUCAGUACUGAAUAGUCAGAAGGCAGGUCGCUUGCAUUUUGACUUUCAGAGAUGGCAAGGGUAGCAGGAGAGAUGAGUUGCUAGUUACCUUGACCUUGGGUAUCUCUCAAGGGAGGAGCUCUCAGUGCUUCUGUGAAAACUGGGUUCUGACUCCGUGUCCUCUAAUGCUCCAUUGCCCAGUCCCUAUCCCUUCCCUCUGCCUUCUUUCCUUUGGGGAGCCAUGUCCUCUGCAGGACACAUCCCCAGCCCACUGACCUUUCCCCUUACCUACCUGUUUGAACAAAACUCCUUUGAACUUUGUACUUAGAGGGAGCCAUUAGUACACAGCUACUGUGCCUCUUUUCCUAUUCCUUUCCCCUGAAAUCCCUGUUUGCAGAAACUAACUUCCCUUGUUCCUCUCAGAUGUCUCCGUGAUUCCAUCAGCACCAAGAGCAGGUCUGCACCAAGGUAAAGGGGCAGCGUUGGCAUCUACUUUGUGGAUGGGUUACGUUGUUGCUCUUUCUUUGAUUCUAGAUUUAAACUUGAAAAAUGACCUCUUUCCAGUUGGCUCGGGAUGCAUUUGGAGACCUAGUCUCAAUAGUCAGCUUCCCUCUUAGGUUGGCAGACGAGUUUUCCAUUCUGUCUGUUGUCCUGGCUUCUCCGUCUUGUAUUCUACGCCCAAGUUGGGAGUAGAGUUUGAGAUAAACCUUAGAACUGCCCCUGACUUUCUCCUGGAGUGCUUCUGCCCUCGGCGGCUGACCGAUGUCGAAUUGGAGAUAAACAUGGGCUUAGUCUCACCCUUGCUGUCUUUCUUUCCCUCCCUCUCACUCCCCCAGCCUUCCCAUUGUACCUUAUUGUUUCCCUGUAUUUUCUCAUUUCUCUGCCAGUCUGUUUUGCAGCCUGACAUCAGAGAUACCUUGCUUGAUCUGAGUUGGUAUCUGAGAACAUCUGACACUCCUAGCUUAGGAGUGAACCUUUAUUUUUAAGAUGACUACAGACCUAUUUUCUAAAAACCUUUUCAGUCAAAUUCUGAACAGCAACUUUUUCAUUAAACAUCUUCCAGUAUCAGAAACGUGAGAGGUCUCUGUGGAACAGGCUCGCUGUUCUCCUGCCAUCAUCUCCUGUUUUUGCCCAGUACUUUUGAUACAUAGUUCUGAUCAUGAUUUUGUGUGUGUUUAGGGUUUGUAGUGGGUGAUUCCGCAUAACCAGUCCAUUCUGCCUUGUGCUUUGCCAAAGGCUAAAGCCUUCUUCAUCUUUCUCUUUUCCUUCUCUUCCUUGGCUCUAAACAAACAGUUGGUUCCCUUCUGGAUCACAGACUCCUCUGGUUACUGUCUGUUGCUGUCCCUGCCCAUUCUUCCAUGGGACUCUUGGCUUGUGUGAUUGCGUUUCUGGUGGUUUCUUAGCCUCCUGGGCUCUGAUACUGAGAGCAGAGCUCCCUGGGUGAAAGUCACAAGCCUGUGCAGCUUUUUAAAAAGCUGUUUGUUUUCCUUCUGAGCUAUGAAAAGACCCUGAUGGUGAAUAUGUUUUCACAUUAGGUGGAAUUUCUUAGGAACUUGAUUCUGUUUUCUACUACAAAAUGUGAAUAGUUAAAAGAACAGAAACCUUUAGAAAUUGUUGGUGUUUCUCAGGAAUAAGCUGCAUGUGCAGUAUUUAGGGAAUGUUUGCAUGUAAAAAUUUGGGGAUGAGAAGUGACCUACCAAAAAAAAAGUUAUAUCCCUACCUGGAUUUUAAUUAAACUCCUCCAAAGUGUGGCUUUCCACAUUCUCAAAAAUCUUCAGGUUGCAUACAUAACAGGCCCAAAUGGGAUCUCUGGUCCAACACAGAGCUUGGUUCAAUUCAGAAAUUGGUGUUGAGUGGACCACAACCAGGCAGCCAAACUAUUGUGGGUUUGAACUUCAUUGUUGGUAUGGGAAAACAUGAUAGCUUCAUUGAACAAAAAAUAUUGAUUAGAAACUCAAUUUUCAAACAAGGAGCCAUUGUAGUAAUUUGUUUUCUCUUGAGGGGAAGGUUGCAACCAAAUCCCCUUCCUUCUUUUAAAACCUCCUCUCACUUCUGAGACUGAAGGUCUCCCCAAAACUACAUGAGGUAUAAGAAAUGCUCUUCUGAUAGUGACCCCAAGAGGUUUUCUAAUCUCUCUGUCAUUAACUGUUUUUAAUUAAACAAGGCCAAGACACCAGUUUGAAUACCCAGCUGCAGCCAAGAUCAGUAUUCAGAGAGAGAGAGAGAGAGAAUGUGUGUGUGUGUCUAUGUCUAUAUCGGGGGGAGUAGGGGGACAGUGCUCAGAUGCUAUGGGCUGAUAUAUAUCCUUUUCCUGGAAGUUCCUUGGGUACAUGUCCUUAAGGCAGUGUUUAAGAAACACAUAGGGAGAGGGCCCUUUCAGUCUAAGGGACUCUUAAUUUGCAUUUUCUUUACUAUGUGGGCACUACCUUUCUGUGUCUCUGGAGACAGCCCACCUUUCUUGCUGUGGUCUUGUCCCUGAGCAACGUCUGCAGGGUCAAGAAUCACAUUCCUUCCAGAUCUGCUUCACUAGAUCCAAAAUGUAAUUUUAAUGUCCUCAUUCAUUGAGUAGAUGAUCCAGAUGCCGAGGACCACUAGGAUGUAGUGAAAUGGUCCUUCAGGGAUCUGCUGCCAAGAACCUUGUUUGCUUUUUUUACCCCAUAAAGAAGGAAAUUAAGGCCUGAAGCAUUGAGCUUCCUCAUUUACAAUUUAUUGCUACUGAGCAUGAUUGACACUGCCACCAGCUAAACCAGGAGAGAAGAGAGUUCUGAAGUCUUGGAACUGAGUCUCUUCCCCACAGAGCAACUGCUGUCAAACAUGUUUAAUGAAUGAAUGAGUGGGUGAGUAAGGAGGGGCUGUCCCUCUUAGAAGGAGGCAGAUCUGUAUUUCUACUUGACCCUCAGCAAGCCAAGGCCUUUUUUGCCUGAUUGAAGUCAUAGAGACCUACAUUUUCCUCCUCCUUGUCCCAAUGCCAGGUUUUCAUUUCUGAUGACCAGGUUAGAGUCUUCUCUUAACCUUCAGAAAGUCACUUAAUUCUUUUGGCCUCAGUUUCCUCUCCGUAAAAGAAGAGCUAGGCCAGAUGCCUCUAAUGUCCCUUCCAGUUCUAGAUCUCGUGACCUUGACUCAGGAAUUGCCGGGUCAAGAGGUUCAGGCCAUUCCUUCUGAGGAGCUGCGGUAGGACUCAUUGGAUUGAGGGAGCAGUUCAGGGAGGUGCGAUGUGAUGAACAGAGAUCAGGGUCUGAGCAGAAGCAGACACGGCAAACAAGAAGCCAGGUCAGAAACAGAGAAGAUUGUUUGGUUUGCCAAGCCCAGGCAAGAAUAUCAACCAUCAGAAUAAGCAGAGAUCAAGGAAGCACACCCUACUAGAGGGCAGGAUUUGGGGCAGAAGCGCUCUGUCAGCUGAGAAUAGAGUAAAGGCCCGACGUGCUUGGCUGCACCUGAAGACCUUCUGCCUUACCAGCUUCUUUGCCCAAGUUGAACUUUAUAAGAUACUUGCUCUUCUCGCCUGAUAUUUUUGUCCCUCUCACAGGUGUUAGAGGUUCUGCAUUAAAAAUGCAGUAUUUUACAUGUUUGAGUGUCAGCAUUUGUCUAAUUACUAAAGAGUUGGGGCAGGUAUUCCAUGACUUCUAAUUAUUCCUUGCUUUUGCUUCUUCAUUGUCGGUAAUCAGAUCCAUCAUCUUCUGCCAUUUGUGGGAAGAAAGGACUUAAUAGUGUCAACUCCAUUGUACCUAGUGGCCCCUUAAUGUUGCAUUGGAACUUUAAAAGAGGGUCCUUUCAUUGGGCUUGGGCUUAAGUCCCCCUCUGUUCCCAGCAAUGCAGUUGUGCUGAAUCAGUGUUUCCUUUAGAGGUUGAAGCCAUGGCUGCUGCAAAGUCGCCUGGUUUCUCUCCCUACGGUUGGUGUGUUGGUCAUUCAGCCACUCAGAUGCUUAUUUAUUGUCUACUCAAGAGUCGCACUCAUUUUAAAUUCCCAGGUGCUUCGGGUAGAGCUGUCUUUGUUAUUAUUUGGAUGGGGAUCCUUUCUUAAGUUCCUUCUCUUUUCUUCCCAAGUUGGGUGCUCAGCUAUUGGAGCAAUUGCUUUUGGGUUCCUUGUUCUUAAACCCUUUGUUGGCACUUUGCCUUGUUCUCUUAACUACAGAAAUGGUAGCAUAAGGCUGCACCUUGCAGGAGAGAAAUCUGUCUCCUGUUGCCUGUAUUGGCCAGCAGAGGGCAAUCUUACCCCCAAUGCAGAGUGGGAAUUAGAGCCUCCCCACCUUUGGCAAUCAUCCCACAGAGUAAAAGCAAAGCUCUUCCCUGUUCUCACUGGUUCAGAGCUUUCCCCACUUUGCACAUCUCUGGACCAGAGAUCUGUGGGCAUUUGGCGGACUCUUUAUUGAUCUGCGUAACCCAAUCACCUUUAUGGAAGGGUAAAAGGGAUUCAUUUGAAAUGAGUGCUUCAUUCUUAGUAAUCUGUUUGAAUUCUGGACUUUGAGGGGCUUUCUUUGACCAUCCCUAUAACUCGUAGCUUUUUGUUUUCCCUAAAUGAAGAUGGACUUGGAGCCAAGAGAAGGUAGGCCCCAGUUCCCAGGGACUUCCAUCUUGUCACUGUUUUGCUCACGGUUUUUGUUUCCGAAUUGAAAUUCUUUUGACAUUAGACUGGAGGCCAAGUCAAAAUUGUACAUUUUCCCCGCAAAACUACAAGGAUUUGGUUGGUACAUGGCUUAUUUAUUUUCCCAUUUAUCCCUCUGGGGACUAUUAACCACUUCCUAGGGGCUGGUCCUGGAAGUUGAUCCCUUCUGUUGAAGCUCAGAGACAGGAAAGGUCUUUUGGUUCUCAUGUUAAUCUUCCUAUGCUUCCCCUUUCCUUAAACUCUGCAGACCUGGCAGGCUGCAUUUUAUGUCUGGGAUGCCAGAAUAGAAAACCCAAGGCUUUGGGGAAUGUGACUGAAAUGAAACAAGUUCCCUAAGGCAAUUAAACUCUUACUCUAUUCCCUGUCUAAUGAUUGGAGCAGGUGGAGAGAUGCCUGGAAGCUUGAUAAUCAUCUGGCCAAAUGGGGUUCUUGAGAGGGAAGUCUCCUUUUCAGUAUUAGAGAGCAUUGGUUCUUGAAACUGAAGUUACUCAACAUCCCAGGCUUGGAAGAUUUCAUGAAUCAAGCAUGUGUGGCAUGCCCAUUCUAGCCGCCGUGUUCCUUCCCUACUCUUUAGUCUUGGUAUUAAAUACAAAACAAACCCACCUGUGCCAAGGGCAAUUUACUUGAAACUAUGGGACAAGCCCCAUUCUAUAUAUAGGCUAGAAAUCAGAUUAGAUGAGCAGGAUGAGUGGUCCAUCCCACUUAUAACUUCCCCGAUGUCUGUGUUAGUAUCACCGGGCAUUGGUGGUCCAGUGCCUUUCCUUCACCUCAAGAUGGAAUCCAUCUAUUUUCUACCUUGGUGAAGCCGCUCUCUUCCUGAGGGGGGUGAGGUAGGCCUUGAAGGUGUCUUGAAGAACCCAAAGGACACUUGUAUGUUGGGUGUCCAUUUUAAGCUUCUUUUUAAUAAUCUUUUAUAAAGAAAAUGCUCAUUCUUCUUGCCCAGUCCAGCUUGACCCCCUUGUUCUCUUGCCCCUUUCUUUUCAGUGCCAUUCUGAAUCAAAAAGCUAUGGCUAGCCAGAAAUUGUGCCGAGACCGCUUCCCUUGCCCCUGGCCACCUCCUUACCCACUCAUCUUUCCCGCUCCUUUCCUUUUCAUUAUCAUUCUGGAUGGAAAUCAGAGGCUGCCAGGCAAGGCCUUUAGGCACUUCUGUAUAAUUCCAUGGGUUUUGUGGGUUUUUUCUUUUGUUUUUGCUUUGGUUUUUAUUUUAAUUGUUUUUCAAAACCAACAGGUAUUUGGAAACAUAGGAAAACUCUCACCAAUGGUUGCUGUUAGUUAGAUCAAUAAAGAUCUUGACUAAAA